AUGAGAGGCGCCCGAUUGGCGAGCCUGCCUCGCCGGGCUCUGGGGGUGCGACCGCUCGUCGCCGCUGCUGCCCGUGUGCCGCGCACCGUCCCCAUCGCCAGAGCGCGGCUCGCAUGGGACCAAGACGCCCAGGCAGACUACGCCGCCGCGCAGAGGAGGGCCACGCUCUCGCGCGCCAUACAGGGCGCCAGGGACUGGCGCCAGAUCCUGUCGCUGGUCAACCGCCACGGGGACGAGCUGGAAGACCAGCAGGCGGCCGCGGCGCUCGGCCGCCUGGGGCAGCUGCUCGAGCGGCAGCCGCUGGACGCCUACGAGGUCCGCCAGGCGCAGGCGCUCUACGACUGGCUGACGCGGCGCGUGCAGGAGGCGCGGGCGCGCGAGGCGCUGCGGGCGCAGGCGGAGGAGCGGGAGGCCGUGCAGGAGGCACGGCGGCGGCAACAGCAGCGGCAGCAGCAGCAGCAGCAGGUGCAGCUGCAGCAGGCUGCCGCCGCAGCCCAGCAGCAGCAACGGCAACGAGAGCAGCAGCAGCAACUGCAACUGCAGCAGCAGCAGCAGCAGCUCCUGCAGCAGCUCCAGCGCCAGCAGCAGCGCCAGCAGGGUCAAUCCCCGCAGCAGCUGCAGCAGGACGCCGCCGACGACCGCCUCCGCGCCGCCCUCGCCGCCGGCGGCGCGCCGCGCGGGCCGCAGGCCGCGGCGCAGGUGGACGCAUUCCUGACGCGCGAGGUUCGCCGCGCGGCGUCGCGCGCGCAGGCCGGCGGCGGCGCCGGCGGGGCCGGGGACGGGGCCGGGCAGGCCGUCGUGCGGUGUGUUCAGCGGUACGCGUCGCUGAUGUCGCUGCAUCAUGUGGCGUUGGCAGCCGAGCUGCUCGCUGACCUCUAUGCGCGCAGCAGCAGCGGCGGCAGCAGCAGCAGCAGCGGCGGCGGCCGCGCCCCCGAGCUGGAAAGCGCCGCUGCGUCCCUGUUUGGCGUUGCGCAUCAGAUGGUGGCGCGGGCAGGAGCCGGCGGCGUGUCGGCGAUGGUGGGGGCGAUGGCUGAGCUGGGGCUGUACGAUGAGCAGCUGCUGGGCUCCCUCCUGGCACGCGCGGCGCAGCUGCUGGGAAGCUUCUCCGCCGAGCAGCUGAGCUGGACGCUGCACUCCCUGGCCGAGCUGCAGCUGCGGCCGCCGGCGUCGUGGCUGGCCGGCGCGGCGGAGCGCGCGCGGCGGCUGCUGCCGGGGACGGGCCUCCCAGAUCUGGAGCGCACGGCCACCGCGCUGGCGAUCAUGCGGCACGCGCCCGGCGCGGCGUUCUGCGUGGCGGCCGAGGCGCGGCUGGAGCAGCUCGCGGCGGCAGUCGCGCCCGGCGACGAGGCGGGGGAGGCGUCGCUGCUGGCGGCGAUCAAGGCGCUGGCGCUGCUCGGCGCGCCAAACGCGCGGCGGUGGUACGCGCAGGCGGCCAGAGAGAAGGAGGAGGGGGCCGCGGAGGCGCAACGACAGCAGCAGAAGCAGCAGGUGGCGGCGGCAUCGCGUGCCGCGCAGGAGCAGGAGGCGGCGCGUCGGCGCCAGGCGCAGCUGGACAAAGCGGCAGAGCGCGAGCGCGUGCGGCGGCGGCAGCUGCGUGAGGAGCAGGAGGCGCGUCAGCGGCAGCAGGCCAAGCAGCAGCAGCAGCAGCAGCAGCAGCAGCAGCAGCAGCAGCAGCAGCAGCAGCAGCAGCAGCAGCAGCAGCAGCAGCAGCAGCAGCAGCAGCAGCAGCAGCAGCAGCAGCAGCAGCAGGAGAAGCAGGCUGGUCGAUGGUCCAAUCAGACCCAGGCAUCACCUGGCUUGGCCUCGAUUGACGACCUUUUCACGAGUGCUCUGGACGAGGACAGGCGCAGCCAGCCGCGAGCGCAGGGUCGUCAACAGCAGCAGCAACAGCAGCAGCAGCAGCAGCAGCAGCAGCAGCGGGGUGGCCAGUGGCAGCAGCAGCAUCAGCAGGGCGGACAGCAACAGCAGCAGCAGCAGCAGCAGCAACAGCAGCAGGGCCGGGGGCAGGGUGACCUGCUUGACCUGCUGGAUGAGCCCACGCGCCCGCGCACCCCCUGA